AUGGCUCCGCAACCGCCUCAGACCCUUUCCGUCAAGCGCAAGCGCAAUGAUGCUCCCGUGCACCACCUCGUCGUCGAUACCGACCGAACAGUCAAACGCCAGAAGAGCGAGCCUAGAUUCGCCUGGCGCUUGCUCCAAAAACCUGGCCAGAAUGUUCCUGCUGGUUUGCCAUCACCUACUGCGCAGCAGAAUCGACGCUUCCACGUUUCGCUGUCAGCGGGACAGCGCGUCCUUGUAGAAGCUGCCAAUAUCCCCGCUGGCUCGCAGCCAACCGUUGGCAAGCCCAGUAUUCCGAGUAUACCAGAAGCGGCGGAAUCACCAGUUGCAAUUGGAGCCGCGCCGGCCACUGCCCGUCCCCGCAAGCGUCCCGGAGCUGGAGCGGCUGUGCGCAUAAACCCUGCGUAUACGGUGAAACCUGAGGGCGAUGUCGAUCCUUCGGAAGAACAUGUCAAGAAUUUUGAGAAGUUCUCCGAAGAGCUCGAACGGGAAGAGCGGGCGCAGUCAAAGCCCGUAUCAAGUCCAAUCAAGUACCUGCCCACAGGCCCAGCGCGCCGCUCUAAGCCACAGCAAGUCCCUACACUCGCGGUGCAGGAUCCCGAUGCUAUGGAGAUAGACGAAUAUGUUAUUGACACUUACGUGCGCGAGGAGCUAAUGUCUGACGCUGACGGUAACGUUCCUGUCCAUGAAGGCAUCAUUGGUUACAUCAUCCUUAAGGAGGAAGAUGAGGAGUGGUGGAAUGGCGAAGACGAGAGUGAUAGGGAGUUCGACACCGAUGGAGACGAUGAGAAUGCGGAAGAUUACUAUGCCAACGAUUACCCGGAGGAUGAGCUUAGCUCUGACGACGAGUUCGAUCGAGAUCCCUACCAGCGAAAGUAUCGUCACGGCUCGGACGAUGAGGAGUAUAAUCUGAACGAUGAAGACGCAUACAGUGGCGACGAGGAUGACGAACACUUUAGGCGCAUGACCGUUCCGGGACAGACAGCAUUGUUGAAUCGCCUCGGACGUUAG